CUGCAUGCUGAGAGGACUCUUUGCAAUGCUCCUGUCAUUUCGUUUGACAUCGACAGCAUCUUAGGCUUCGUGGAUUCUCCAGCAGCGGCGGUUCACGGUAUUCGAUUUUAUUCUGCUCCUCAGUAUCAUCAGAAUAUUGGCACAGACGUUCACUUGACCCUGGAUCGCGUGGAUCCAGACUCAGGGCGGCCCCGACUGAUUCCGUCACGACUGAAAGAUGUACCCCAUUUCAUCUUCGCCAAGAUUGAAGGCGCCGAUUUCAUUACAUUUCACCUGUUCUUUCCGCAUUUGCCAUGCUACCACGACUUCAAUCGGUUAACUGAUGAGCAGCUCUCGCGGUGGUUUGAUAAUAUCUUCUAUCCCGCUGAUGCGCAUAUAUCGCGGAGGUCACAUAAACACUUACCGGCAAGUUAUCGUCACGCAUUAGCUACCUGCCGUGCUCCCCAGGUGGAGGAUCGUCUGCUCGAGACCCCUAGCUAUCGGGGCCAAUUAGAGAUGUCCUAUUUCCUACCACCGCAAGGUUUGCAGCAACUGUGGGACAAUAUUCUCGCAGCGAUA